GGCAUUGAGGGAGCUGGUGUGUGGGGGAGGAGGAGGGAGGGGGAAGCGGCGGCCAUGGAUGCCAUGGAUGACCUGGGCUGUCCGCGGUGCAAGACCACCAAGUACCGCAACCCCUCCUUGAAGCUGAUGAUCAAUGUCUGCGGGCACACGCUAUGCGAGAACUGUGUGGAACUGCUGUUUGUGAGAGGGGCUGGGAAUUGCCUGGAGUGCGAUACCCCCCUGCGGAAAUGUAACUUCAGGAUCCAGCUCUUCGAGGAUCCUGCUGUCGACAAGGAAGUGGAAAUUCGGAAGAAGGUCCUGAAAAUAUACAAUAAAAGAGAAGAUGACUUUGACAGUCUAAACGAUUACAAUGAUUACCUGGAAGAAAUAGAAGAAAUUGUAUUUAACUUGACCAACAAUGUGGAUGUGGAGAACACCAAAAAGAAAAUGGAACUGUACCAGAAGGAGAACAAAGAAGUAAUUCAGAAAAAUAAGAUGAAACUGAUGCGGGAACAGGAAGAGCUGGAGGCAGCUUUAGAGGUAGAGCGACAGGAAAAUGAACAAAAGCGACUACUUAUACAGAAAGAAGAGCAACUACAACAGAUGAUGAAAAGGAAGAAUAAGCAGGCACUCUUGGAUGAGUUGGAGAGCUCCAGUCUUCCUGCUUCACUGCUUUUAGCUCAGCAUAAGGACAGAUCUACUCAGCUAGAAAUGCAAGUGGAAAAACCCAAACCUGUCAAACCAGUCACGUUUUCUACUGGCAUCAAAAUGGGUCAGCCUAUUUCGCUAGCUCCCGUUCAAAAGCUGGAGGAAACCUUGUAUGAAUAUCAGCCUCUGCAAGUGGAGACACAUGGACCGCAAGUUCCAGAGCCCGAAAUGUUGGGAAGGUUGGGGUAUCUCAGCCACGUACGAGCUGCCUCUCCGCAGGACGUCGCUGGGGGCUACACUUCUUCUCUCGCGUGCUACCGAGCCUUACAGGAUGCUUUCAGUGGUCUCCUCUGGCACCCCCGUUAGCCAGUGUGGGAUUGAGGGACACCGAAUGGAGUGAGAAGCAAACCAAGCCAGCAAAGGUUGGGUAAAAUCGCUGCCAUCUGCACAACGGCUGAGCUGCAGUCACUUUUCUGUGUAAAACCAGUUGGGUUUAAGUAUUAAAGAGGGAAAAAAAACCCCAAACUCCAGUUUGCACGAGUGCUUUGUAAAACAGGAGAUGCAGUUUUGUGGAGGGAGAAACUCGUUAGUCAUGUGGCACUUCGCUGAGGGAGGCUGAGGCAAUAAGCCACAUCUAAUGGAAGAUGUGAAUAACUCCGCUGCGUAGGCUUGAGGUUUAAAGAAACACACUCGUAAAUUUUUUCUAAAUAAAGCCAGACUUUUUUAUUAAAGUUUGUGGUUUUACUCUUAUUGCAGGGUUUUAUUUGCACAGGCAUUUAAAUGCCAUUUUGAUUAUAACAUUGAGUGUCAAUAUUCAAGCCUACGUUUUCUUCCCAUAAAACUACUUUCCCCAGUUCAGACAAGUGGGUUUUUCCUCCUGCCAGCUGGAUGAGAUGAGAAACCCUGAAAGUGUGCUGACACAACUUUUAUGCAGGAUCCGUCCUGAUGUCACUUGGUUCUUACCUUUGUCUGGAAAACAAAACUUUAGCUAAAAGUCUUCCAACUAAGCUCCUCCAGAAGCAAUCUGAGAAGCCUCGAUGCAAGGCUGGGUCAUUAAAGUAGUCAAAAUUUGGUUUGAUUUUUCCUAUUUGGUUCUGUUCACAAUUUUUCUGUCACAUGUUCAAGAGUUUCCUUUGGCAGGAACAUCCCUUUGGCUUUUGGGAUGACCCUUACUGCUUGAGCUACUGUUUCUAUGUAUUCCUGCCUCUCUCCUUGAGGUGGAACGUAGAUGAAUGGAAGCAGAGAAGAGGUUCCUGUGUCAGGACUGCUCUUUGCCAUGAGUGUGUGUGAACUCCAGGAGAUUGGGAACUGCUCAGGACAGUGGGUGCCUGUGGAGAAAAGCCUGGACUGCAAUUUCUGUGUCAUCCAUUAACAGCUGGUAAAUGCUGCUCUGAGGAGUGCACUCGACAAUGCUUUUUUUCUACGUUGUAAUAAAGAGAAGAAUAAGCUCUA